AUGCGAUCAAAUUUUAUUGCAUCGACAACAUUCGAAAUGUGUACAGGUGAUUUUAAUUUUUCGCCGUCAAAUUCCACGGAUCUAAAUCGAAAACAACAACUAAAAUCGGUCAAAAUCGAAAUGUCGCCCUGCUAUAUCAGUGGUGGAUCAGAUAGUGGUACUGAACCUGUCGAUUCAAAUAGUAAUUAUUCAUCAACUUUAAAUGAUGAUGAUGAAACAAUAGUAAAAAAGCCAACAUUGUCCGAUACGAAACUAAAAAAUAUUAUCAAAUUUGGUCCAAUUGUAGUUCGUCCAAGAAGAAAACCUGCGCUCACUCUUUCUACUGGUCGCCGAUCAAAAUAUGAAGUACUUCCACCAAUAGAAGACCAUAAACGUCAAAUACGUCGUGCAAGAAAUCGUGCAGCAGCUGAAAAUGUUCGAAUUCGACGAUUAACUAUUGAAGAACGUUUAAAUAAGCAAAUACAAGAUUUAGAGCAAGAAUCAGAUUCGUUAAUAAGUAAUAUAAACGUAUUGAAAAAUCAAAAAACACAUUUACAAACUUUACUAACGACACAUAUGUAUGUGUGCAUGAUAAGUGAUCAAGUUGAUGGUUCAAUUUCAUUGAAUGAAAAUGAUUGCACUUCAAUAUUUCCAUUAGAUAAUUCUACACAAAAAAAUGAUCUUCAAUCAUUGAAUUAUUUACCAUCAUCAUUUGAUUUUAAUAAUUAUAUACGAACAAUAUCUGAUAUAUCGUCGAUUUCAACGACAAGUACAGCAACAACAACAUCAAAUUAUUUAUCAUGGGAUAAACCCUCACUUUCUCAGGAUUCAGUAUUUCCAGAUUUUGACAAUACUUUCUACUCUCAAAAUAAUUUCGAUUCAUGUGAUGAUCUUGAUGAGUUAUUGUUCUCGAGGUAA